UGAUAUGGUGUCUCUCUAGUUUCGGAUAAGAUAACAGUGAUAAGAGUAAGCAAAGAAGACUUCUUUCUCUCUUAUCCUUCUCUUCUCUAAUGGAAGCCCUACUCUGUUUCCCCUCUUCUUCUCCAUCCCAAACCCUAACCCUAAAUCGACCUACCACCAACCCACUCCUCAACCGACUUCCCCACAAACUCACCCCCUACGUAAACCAUGGCCGCCGCCUUCCCACAAUCCGAUCCGCCAUUUCCCGGACCAAGAAAGAAGAAACCGUCGACACAGUCAAAGAAAAUCUCGAAAACUGUUACCUCCUAGCCGGAAUCAGCUACAAAGGUUUCACCGUCAAACAAUUCCAAGACCUCCGCCGAUCUCUACCGGAGAACACGAAGCUAAUCGUAGCCAAGAACACGCUGGUCUACAAAGCAAUCGAGGGAACCAAAUGGGAGGCGCUUAAACCCUGUAUGACUGGUAUGAACGCUUGGCUUUUCGUUCACACUGAAGAAAUACCUGCCGCCAUUAAACCCUACAGAGAGUUUCAGAAGGAGAGGAAGCUUGACGAGAAGAACGAUUUCACCGGCGCCGUUUUCGAGGGGAAAUUCUACGGACCUGGAGAGUUUAAGGAGCUGGAGACAAUGCCGUCUAGGGGUGAGAUUUAUUCGAAGCUUUUGGGGUCUAUUCAGGGACCGGCGUCGAGUGUGGUGGGAACGAUUCAAGCUCCGGCAAGGGAUUUGAUAAUGUUGUUGAAAGCUUAUGUGAACAAAUUGGAAGGAGAAGGCCAAUAAUAACAGAAACAGUUAAUAAUGUUAUUCUUGUGUUUGGUGUAAUUUAAUGUUCUUCUUUUCUUCUUAUUCUUAGUAUAGAGGGAUUAUUAUUUUUUUUUUUCAUUGAAUGGAGAUUAUUCUUGAACUUUUUCUCUAA